AUAUACGUUAGUACUUGGCGGAUAAAAGGCAUGGUAGCUAGUAGAAUAUAGUAAAGUUUCCAUUAUUGACAUUAAUUGCUGGCAACAGUGACUUGCCAAAUUAAUGUUUUAUUUGUGUUGACGGUCACGUUCAAUGAAUGAAUGAAUGCUGAUAUAAUUUUUGUCUUUAAAUGAAUGAUCUACACCUAGACAGUACUGCACGAUGAGGGGAAUAAGAAACUAAAUAUCAACCGAAAGCCCAUCAACUUUGUGGUAUAGAUUGUUGAGUCUGAUAUAAAGAUGUCUGCUCAAGAUAGAAGUGAAACAAUUCGAUUUAUUGAAGAAAAGAUCCAACUGGAUCCCCAGGCAGCUGAUUUACAUCUAAGUUUAUUUUCUGCUGCAUUACACAGUUACAGAUAUGAUACAGUACUUCGACCCUUCCCUCCAAUGUUUUUACAGUCGGAUACAGAAAAAGAUAAAGCUGCACUAGAGAAAGUUUUCAAAGAAAUUCCAAAGAUAACAAAUAUUUCAAAAGAGAUAAACAAACUCUCAGACCAUGCAUUAAGUCUUUUGAAGUGGAUUUUUGAAUCAAAGCGGUUCAAUUUGAGAUCACUUAGUGAUAAAGACAGUUUUGAAUCGAUACAAAAACUAACAGGAAACAAUUCCCCAGUUCCACCUCCAAGUUAUAUUUUUGAAUUGGAACCCAGUGAGGCUAGUAAUGAAAAAUUUCAAGAGAUUCGUCGGAAUAGGAAAUUGAUGUAUGCUUAUCACGGAAGUCGAACUGAAAAUUUUCAUUCUAUUUUACACAAUGGUUUAGCUUCUCAUAUGAACAAGACCUCCGUGUUUGGUGAGGGUACAUAUUUAUCUGGAGAAUUGGGUGUUUCCUUAAAUUACAGCCCCUCUGGAUUUACGUGGGCUAAUAGUGGAAUAGGGAAAAUGUUUGGGUUGAUAGCUGUGUGCGAGAUGAUUGAUGAUCCGACGGUCAAAUGUCAAACCAACGAAACAGAUGGAUCAAAGAAGAAAUCCAGAGCUUAUGCAUCUAACAGUAUGGGUGGUGAUGUGCCAGAAAAAUAUUACGUGGUUCAGAAUAAUGAAGUUAUUCGAUUGAAGUAUAUACUGAUUUAUGUGGAUAAAAAUAACAGCAACCAAACUAACAGAAGUGUUCAACCCACUUUUUUUCAACAACAUAAAUUUGUGAUCAUGCUGUUUUUCUAUGCUUUUUUGUUGUUGGGUGUUGGACUUGCCAAUUCAAAGACAUUCAAAUAUCACUUAAAAAGACUGUUGAAAUGACAAGAUAUUAACAAAUACUGACUUUAUUAUGAAACUGCAUGUCAAUUGGACCGUACAUACAAAGGGUUAGCCAUGAGAUAGAAUGGUGAAGAAAUAUAUAUUUCAACUGAUACAUUCAGAGUGAAAACAAUUUGGAGCAAGUGAUAAGCUACUUGGCCUUGAAAUUCAUUUUUUUUUUUUGUCACAUUUUAGAUAGAAAAUAUUAAAAUUCUCCUUUCCUUUUCUUCCUUAAUCACUUGAUUACUUUUUUUUACUGCACAUUUUUUUAUUAUUAUUAUUUACAAUAUUUAAAGAUGCAUUAUUUAAGAAUUAGAUACAGAGCUGGCUGUUCUUGCGGUUUCGAUUCCUCGGUUGUACGUGACAAGGAGUAGGGUCGCCUGUCCAACCUCGUGGGUUUUUGCCGGGUCCUCCGGUUUCCUCCUACUGCUAAAGCCCCCUAUGAUUGAAAUAAAAUUGAAACAUGUGUUAGUCCCGAAAUGACCUAGUUUGUGUCGAGUGGACGUUAAACCCCAUUUCUCUCUCUCUAUAAUAGUUCAAAAAUCGCUAAUGCAAAAUGAAUAUAUUGAAAAUAUCAUUCAAAUUACUUUAUUCUGAGUGAAAUGAAAUGGGGGUGGGGGGGUUAACGUCCUACUGUUCUGUUAUUGUGAGCAAAGUUACAACUGUUUGGAGUUUUGACAAUAUGUGGUAUUGAUUGUUUAUUAUUGUAUACAUGACAUAUGAUCACUUUGAUUGAAAAUCACAAUAUGUGCCAAGUGUUCACAAAGUUUCCAUGUAUGGAGGUUUUUUUAGACAUUAUGAUUAAAUUGGGUGACAAAAUAGCUGGUAGGUGUUCAAACUUGACUGAGCGCGGGCGCUUGAUGAAAAUAUGAGGUCAUAGUAAUAUCUUUGCUUAUUUGUGUAUAUUCACCACAACAAUAUAUUGAAGAUAAAAGUCCAUGUACAUGUAAAUGAUGUAAUUAUUAUGACUUUCAUAAGUUCUCAAAGAUUCACAGUACUUUGUACGUUCUAGCAAAAUUCUUAAUAAAUUCCCAUACAUACCCAGUAGUACUCAAUUUUACUAAUGUUGUAAGUGUUUCCUCACCAUCAGAAUUCUGGAAAACCUUCCCCAAAGACCAGGAAAUGGCAUUUCAGGGACUAUAGAUUCAAAACUUUUUUAAGGGGGACCUGUGCAUAAGAUGGUGUCAUUUUUGCAAAACAUCUCACUAAUCAAAAUCAAUAUGUAGGCCCCUGUAUUCCUGUCAUUUUGUCUGGUAGCACAAAUCUGUCUUUUAUCAGUAUUUUUAAUGAUAUUUGGAAUACAUGUCUGGCAGUGACUGGCAUAAAGUUUAAAAUGUCAAAUACUGGUUCAUUGGUGACUUACAUUUUGACAGGCACAUCUAAAAUUAUUUCCGCUUCUGCAACACUAAUUACAGGUCUAGUGAUCCCCUGACACACAUUUUUUCCAGUUUACUUGCAUGAGCCUGAAGAACAAAUCUAACCAAAUUUGGCAGAUCUAAUUGAAUUAUCUUAUUUUUUAUAUUUUAUUUUAUAAAAAUUCAUGUUAAUAACACCAGCAUGAUAAAUGUAUAGAAAUCCAAUUUGAGAAUAAACAUUUAAUUAUU